AUGCGGACAACACCAGAAACCGAACCAGAGGAUACCUCAUUGGUUUCUCCAAUUUUCAAUGAGUCAAAUGAUCCGUAUGGUCCCGAAGGAAUGUUAUAUCUUGAUAUUGAUAUGUUUUCCAAAUUUAUGGAGAAAACAGAUAAUCGAUUGUUGUCAAAACCAGUUAUUGUUCGAGGAGUUCCAUGGAGAAUUUUGGCAUUGUGCAGGUUAGAGAUAUUUCAUAAUUUUUAUCAUUUUUCCUAAUGAGUAACCUUAUCAUGUGCUCAGCAGAUGAUCGAAAAGUGAAAUCAUCUUAAUGCUCUUUGUACAUAAUAUUCAUUUACAGAGUUCCUCAACGAACAAAUCAAGGUCGACAACCUCGCGGUUAUUCUCUCGGCUAUUUUCUACAAUGCAACAACGAGGAUUCAUUGCCAAAACGUGGAAUGUGGCGAUGUUUUGGUUCGGCAACUCUCGAAGUAUUGAGCCAAACGGGCGAACAUUUGAGCAAAAAAAUAACUCACAACUUUCACAAUAAUGAAGUCGAUUGGGGUUUCACUAAUUUUGAAAGCUAUGAAGUUUUGUCAAAUCCAGAGAACGGGUAUUUGGAGAACGAUACUUUAAAAUUGCGAUGUCAUUUCACGGCUGAUGUUCCAACUGGAAAUGGUUAUUUGUGAGUUUGGAUUUUAGAAAAGUUUCAUCAUCUUAAAUGUUUUGUUUUGCAGUUGGGACAGCAAACUACACACGGGAUGUAUUGGUCUUCGUAAUCAAGGAGCAACUUGUUAUAUGAAUUCCAUACUUCAAGCAUUUUAUUUCACAACCGGAUUCCGAAAAACAGUUUAUCAAAUGGAAACUGGAACUGAACCAUCUGAAUCGAACAUUUGUUUAGCAAUGCAACGAGUUUUCUAUGAUCUUCAAACUUCGAAUGAUGCAGUUGAAACGAACAGUUUAACACGAGCUUUUGGAUGGGAUAAAUUGGAUGCUUUCAAUCAACACGAUGUUCAAGAAUUUUGCCGAGUUUUAUUGGAUAAUUUGGAAACAAAAAUGAAGGGAACAUCGGUGAGUUUCUUUCGAAUAUUAUUCAACAUUUUUUUGAGAAAAAACAAAGUGUAUUUUCAGCAAGAACAAAGUAUUCCCUCACUUUUCCGUGGUAAUAUGAAAUCUUUCAUCAAAUGUACUGAUGUUGAAUAUGAAAGUUCUCGAACUGAAUCAUUCUACGAUGUUCAAUUGAAUGUUCUUGGAAUGGAGAGUUGUAAGUUUACGGGGGUUGUCUUACGAUUCAAAAAUUAAAUUUUUCAGUGGAACGAGCAUUCGAAGCAUACACAGCAAUUGAAGUUCUCGAAGGUGACAAUAAAUAUGAUGCGGGUGAUUUUGGUCUUCAACGAGCUGAAAAGGGUGUGAAAUUCGUCGAACUUCCACCAGUUCUUCAUGUUCAAUUAAUGCGUUUCCAAUAUUGCGGAGUCGAACAAAAAGUCAAUGAAAGAUUUACAUUCCCCGAACAAAUGGAUUUGUUGAAUUGUUGCGAAUUGUCAGAUCAGUUGAAGAAAGAAGAUUGUGUAUAUAGUUUGCACGCGGUUUUGGUUCAUAGCGGAGAAUUUCAUGGAGGACAUUAUGUCACUUUUAUCAAUACAAACUUGCAUGAAACUAACUCGAAUCUUGAUGUCAAACCAAGAGUAAGUGUUUUUUUUUUGAAUUAAAAAAUAUUCAUUGUUUGUUUUAGUGGUGUAAAUUCGAUGAUGAUGUUGUUUCUCGAACUACAAUUGAUGAUGCAAUUACUUCAAAUUUCGGUGGAGAAAGAUCAAUGAAUACAUCUGCUUAUAUGUUGAUUUAUGUCAGAAAUAAUGCGAUUUCCUCCGUUUUGGCUCCAAUUCCAAACGAAGAAAUUCCUGAAUCUGUGUCAACAACUUUCGAAAUUGAACGUCAACAGAGAAAUCGAAUGAAGAAAAAGAAGGAAGAACAAUCAAUGUGUAUUGAAUUGCCAAUUGUAACACCAAAUAUAAUCACAGGAUAUCAUGGUUUUGAUUUGAUUGAUAAACCAAUUUUAGAUAACCAUGUUUCACGCGAAUGUCUUCCAAAAUCAACUUCGAAUUAUCAAUUGUAUCGUUUUAUUGAGAAACGAUUGUUCUCAUCGAAUUCGCAUCGAAGAUCGAGAGAUAGUGCUAUGGAUAUUGAAGAUGGUAAGUGUAAUGAUAAUUAGAAGUUGAAAGGCUCUGAAAAUUUAACCAGAAAUUUCAUAUUUUCUAGAUUUUCGGAUCUCUGAAAACUAAACAUUUUGAAAAUUGUGAUAAUUUUUCAGUAAUCAGGGAGUUUCUUUUAAAUUUUUAAAAAUUUUACACUUUCAAACUUGUUAGUAAAAAUUGCUGAAAAGUCUUCAAAAUCUACCAAAUUUUCUACCCAUUUCAAAAAUUCCUAGGUUCAAAAAUUGUGUUUUUCCAGGCGAAGACCUUGGAAGUGAAGAAGAAGAUGAUGAAGACGACGAUGAUGAUUUCAUUCGUAAAAGUUUCCGUUUUCGACUUUGGAAAAUGUGUGAAAAAUAUUCGUCAGAAGGUGGAAAAUCAUUGUCAAGAUUCAGACCAGACAAGGUUUUUUCUUCCUAAUUUAGUAUUUCAAACCCUCAUUUCUUUAUUUUUCCAGCUUCUCGAACCAUUUGCGAAAGAAACGAUUGAUAAAUGGUUUUUGGCUGAACGUGAUUCGAUUUAUAUUGAAACACCAUCUGCAUAUGGAGAAUUACAAGAAUAUACAUUCAAUGAUAAUGUUUUGAUAUUUGUGAAAUAUUAUGAUACAACAAGUGAAAGAUUCACAAUUUUGGGACAUUAUGUUAUAAAACAUAAUCAACGGAUUUCGGUUUAUCGCGAUAUUUUCUGUAAAAUGGCUGGAAUUCCACCUGGAACACAAUUGAAUUAUUAUGAAGAAGUUGCGGCAAAUCGAGUUUCACAACUUGAGAAUAAUUAUUCAGCAAUUGAUGAUGAUGGAACAAUUAUUAUUAUUGAACAAAGUGAUUUAUUUGAAGAAAACAAUAAUGUUGUAGCAAAAAUGGAUGAAAUGUAUAAAACAACUUUUGUUGAAUUCAAUGAAUUCAAAUUCAAUCGAAACAAUGAAGAAUUGGAUGAUAUUCUAACUGAACCAUUCACCAAAAAAGUUAAACUUGAUGCGCCGCUUUCUUCUGUUGCACAAACAUUAGCCAAAGAAUUGAAUUGUGAUCCGAAAAAUGUGUUGAUUUGGACAAAAUCGAUUAAUGGAAAGAAUGAAAUACCACAAGAAGAUGUUGGUGGAAAAUUGGUGAUUAAUUCGAUUUUGGGAAGAGGAUUGCAUGAUCCAAGAUUGGCCAAAAAGUGAGUUCUUUUUAUUUAUAAUAGGGGGAUUUCGAAAAAAAUAAUUUCAUUGGAAAACAAUUGAUUCCCAUUAAACUAUUGAAUUUUCAGAUAUUUUUAAAGCUUGAAAAAGUUUAUACAAAAAUGAGUUUCAUUUCAUUAAUUAUCAAAAUCUCAUUUUUGGCUUCAAAACGAAUCGAAAGCUCUAAAAUCUAUAUCGGAUGAAAAUCCAAAUUUAAAUUUUAUACACACAUUUCCAAAAUUAUGAUCAGAAAUAUUCCAAUUAUUUAUUUUUUUUUGCAGAUAUUCAACUUGUUAUACAAUUAUGCCAUUCCCGGUAUCUGAAAUGGAUAAACGACAACAAAUGAAGAUAUUUGAGAUGAAUGACAAAAUGAUGAUAAACGAGAUGACCAUUUUCCCACCAAAAGAUGGAACUGUAAGAAGAUGUUUCCUAUUUUUUCCCCUCAAAACAUAUAUUUUUUCCAGGUGGCUAAUAUAUUGGAAGAAGCUUCAAGGUAUUUCAAAUUUGCGCCAAACGGAACCAGAAAAUUGCGGUGAGUUUUUUUUUGUUCUGAAAUGAUUUUCAUAUAUUUUGGAUGAUUUUUGCAGAUUAGUUCAAGUUGGAACAACACCAAAUUUCCAUCGAGUUUAUCAAAUUUAUACGGAUAAUAUUCCUUUGGUUGAUAUUCAAUCGAAAUAUUUGUACAAGGUGAGUUUUUGGGGGAAAAUUUAUGUAGCAGAAUCGAUCAGCGAAUUCAAAUUAAUUCAAUUUUGCAGUGUCGAGUUGAAGAGAUUCCCGAAGAUGAACUUGAAUGCUCACCAGGUGAAUUCUAUUGUCCAGUUGUACAUUUUGAUCGAGAUCCGACUAGUCGAUUAUUCGGAACAUCAUUUAUCAUCAAGGUUUGUUUUUAUUUCAAUUUUAAAAGUAAACUAACAAUAGUUUUUUUUUUUCAAAAGUCAAGGCCCCUUUGGAACCCCAAAGAUUUUUUUAUGUUAGAAGUCUGAAACCGUAUUUCGAAAAAAUUUUCAUCAUUUUUCCCCAACUAAAAAUUGUCUUCAGGUGAAAAAUGGUGAAUUGACGAAUGAUGUGCGCGAAAGAUUACGUCGAAAAUUGUCGGAUGUUGCUGAUAAUGAAUUCAACAAGUAUAAAUUUGCUCUGUUAGCCAGAGAUAAAGUGAGUUAUCCAGUUGAGCAAAAAAAAAACAAUGAGAAACCAAAGUUUCAGCUAUGCCGGUAUAUUGAAUUUGGUGAUUCGGAUAAGGUGAACUUGCAAGAUUUGUCAUGUCAGACAACCGGAAAUAGUGAGUUUUUUUUUGAAUAAAAUAUGGCAUCUCCUGGAAAUGCGGAACGUACAAAACGGAGAAUUUGAAACUUUCAAAAAAUAUUCUCGAAAUUUGAAAGUACUGUAUUUUGUCACAAAAAACUUCUUCCGAAAGCUUUGUUAUUGACCAAAGUACGAUUUUGAAAAAAAACUGAAUUCCAUGUUUUGGAGCUCUAUAAAAAUACCAAAAAAAAAUUUGACGCUAAAAUAAACAAUUUUGAACUUCAAUUUUUCACUCAAAAAUCCAUAUAAAUUUCUGUUCUUUCAGUUCCUCAAGUUUAUAUUGGAAUCGAUCAUAAAUCACCAGUUCUUCACUCAAACGAAAAUGCAAUUCGAAUUUUGAACUAA